CCUUUCACACACAUUCUAGGGUCCUGAGGAGGAAAAAUGAAAUCCUUUGAAAAGACCACCAGUGUGCAAGCCCCUGUUAACUCACAAGGACAAUUUGGGAAAAUCGUCAAACUGAAGCUACUUGCUGCUUUGGGAUCUGGAAAACAACACAAAAGUCCAUCAACCUGUCCAUGUUGCAGGAUGAGAGCAGAGGAGCUGAUGCCUUGUGUUCUUAUCACUCUGCUGGGGCUGACCCUGAUGGAGUCAGCUCAUGGACAGCACAUGUCAGACGAACCCUGCUCCGUCCAGAUCCUCGUCCCAGGACUCAAAGGAGAGCCAGGAGAAAGGGGAGAGAAAGGGGCACCUGGGAGACCAGGAAGAGUGGGUCCACUAGGGGAGAUAGGACAUACUGGAGUUAAAGGACAUAAGGGUAUUAUGGGACGUUAUGGGAAAAUGGGCCCCUGUGGAAUCAAAGGUUUAAAAGGAGAUAUGGGGGAUCCUGGGCCAAUGGGCCUGAAUGGUGAUCCAGGUGUUCCAUGUGAAUGCACACCCCUGAGGAAGAUGAUUGGUGAGAUGGACAUCCUAGUGGCCCAGUUAUCCAAUGAGAUGAAGUUCAUCAAAACUGCACUGCCCUCCCCUGCAGCUGUCGCUGGCAUCAAAGAGACCGACAGUAAGGUCUAUCUACUGGUCAAGGAGGAGAAACGCUACACAGAUGCAGAGGUCUAUUGUCAGGGAAGAGGUGGACACCUGGCCAUGCCCAAGGACGAGGGGGCCAACGCAGCCAUCGCUGGGUACAUCACUGAGGCGGGCCUGAGCCGGGUGUACAUUGGCAUCAACGACAUAGACCGUGAGGGCCAUUUCACCUACGUGGAUCGCUCCCCCAUGAGCACCUUCAGCAAGUGGAGGGAAGGAGAACCCAACAAUGCCUACAGGGACGAGGACUGUGCUGAGAUGAUGGCGGCGGGGGACUGGACAGAUGUGGCCUGCCAUCCCACCAUGUACUUUGUGUGUGAGUUUGACAAGGACAGUGUCUGAGGGGCAUUUUGAGAGUGGUAGUGAGUUGGAAGGGCAAAGGCCUCAUUGGAGCUGCAUGACAGAGAGAGGCUAUAAUUAUAGAGAAGCCUUUAUAGUUACACAGAUGAUGUUCAGUAUGUAACAUUAUUUUGACACAGCUGCAUUUGUUUAAUCACCCACCAGUUCUAAAUAUCAUUGUACAGUUUAGAAUAUUGUAUAUAGAAUACUGUGUAUACACUUCUCAGUUUUUCCAGAAUUCUGCUUUUUUGACUUGAAUGGAUGCUGUUUUUAUAAACCUUUGCAUUGAAUGGCUACAGCAAUGUUCCCUUUAAUCUUUUGAUCUGAUUGUUUAAAAAAAAAAAAAGUAAGAUAUAACACAUUG